AGAUAAAAUUGGCUAUUUAUUCACCGACGACCAACAAGUUGCACAGAGCGUUACUGAUCUCUCUCUCCUGCUCGCAUUUUCCGUGUUGCUAGCCAGCAUUUUUCCAGUGCUCUCGGGCGUGGCCGUGGGAGCAGGUCUUCAGACAAAAGCCGCGGUUAUCAAUUUAGUUUGCUUUUAUUUGGUCGGGCUCCCGGUUGGAGUCGUGCUUGGAUAUGUUGUACAUCUUCAAGUUGUGGGCAUAUGGAUUGGUCUGACCUUAGGCGUAACGACUCAGUCACUCGUACUCGCUUUCUUGAUAUGGAGAACAAACUGGGAUGAAGAGGUCUUGAAAACUUCGGCACGUCUGAAAAGAUGGGACCUGAAAUCCUCGGACGAGGAUAAGCAGAAGAAUACUUCUAAUGAUGCUUGA